AUGCCUCUCUUCCUCCCUCCUAAGCACCCAUCUACGAGCGUUACCGUCUACACGAAGAGGCGCGGCUUCCUACACAGCCUCAAGAAGGAGAAAUAUAAACCAUUUCAAGAUAGACCAGAAGAGCGACACGCCUCAUCUGUCUCUCUCCUUCUUUUGGAGGAUUCCACCUCGAGACCCGAUCGUCGAGCUCUGGGCAUUGGCAGCAUCAGCGAAAUCCAGCUUUCUGCCAGUACUUGGAAUGAGAGUAGUGGGGGUUCCUCGCCGAGUUCUUCGCCGACGACACCGCCGAGGACGAACACCACAACCAGUAACUCCUUUUCCUCUCCUCUUGCGCUGGACACCAAGGCCCUUCUUUUCCUCUCCGACUCAAUUCGGUCUUCCUUAGCAUGUCGAUCUCACCGACGACCAAACAGCACCCUAAUACAUCCUCAGGAUGCGGACUACCUUGACACUUUCCUUUCCUAUGCCCUAUCCUCUUCGACUUCUGUCUCCUUCCAUACCGUCAAGGAUGCCCAUCUCGACAAGCUUCUAUCAGACCUGAUCAGAAUGUGUCCUUCCGGAUGGGUUCGCGGAGUUCAGACCAACAUGCGCCGAGUUCUUCUAAGGGCCAGAAAACUGGAACGUGUCUGGAGAGAGCGUUUUAGAGAUCGGUAUUUCAUGAUUGAUGAAUUGAGGAGCUUUGAGCUGGAGGAACGGUGGCCCCUCGAUGGAGAUGCAGUUUUGGAGGCACCCAAUAUUGCACCAUCGCACACGCCAUGCAAGAUUAGAUCGUCCCCGAUCGAUACUGACAAAGAGGAGGGAUGGUUUGAAGUUGGAUGGGAGCUCCGCGCAGACUGUAGCCGUGUACGAUACACCCGCGAGGGAACGCUUGCAGACAUGCACCCAGGGCUGCUCUCGUUCACUGGACGGCGGGUUCGGGUGCUCAGAGGCAACCUCCUGCACAGUGAUUUUGCCCCGGCAGCUGGUGUGAGGAAUGACGGACUAUACAAACUCCUACGUUACAGUCAAAUCCUGAACCCAAUCACCGGCCGCUACCAUCUGGAGCUUGACCUCGAGCGUAUCCCAGGCCAGCCUCGCAUGCAUGACUUGGCGAAGAUCCCAAAUCCCUCACAGAUGGAUGACUGGCAUCUAUACCAAAAGCUCAUUCUGAAACGCCAGGGCAAGAAUACAACACCAGCUUCAUAUUCAAACUGGCUGAGGGACAAGACCGGGAGAUCAACCAUGGAGGGCAAGGUUUCGGGAGAAGCAGACCGGUCUCAAAGCAGAAAAGAUUAUAUAGCCAAGGAUAGAGGUAAUAUACUGAAAGAGGACAGGGCGAGGACUACGGAUGUUUCCGGGAGAGGGAAUAUACGGGCGAGGGGAAGCAAGAGGAUGACGGAACAACAAGAGAGGGGGGUUUUCGAGGUGUCAAGGUUGAAGUGGUUAUGCUAA